UCAGAGCUCAGGAGAAUGCAAGUGUCUUCGUCGUCCUCCUCCUCUGUGUUGAUUCCUUCACUUCAAUGGCGGACUCCAUCUCUAAAUUCUUCUACUUCUAAUUGUUGCUGCACUCAAUUCUUCCGUUAUGAUCGCAGAAGUAGCGGCGGCGGCAGCCAAGUCUUCUCUCUCUACCCAAUUCGCCUCACCAACCCGUCACCACAUUUUGCUUCUUCUUUCCUCUCCCCCUUCAAAGCUCGCACCUUUCCCACCGGCCCCACCGCCCGGCGAAAAAUCAAGCUCCGGAUCGUCGCCGCCGUCUUCGAGCGGUUUACGGAGCGAGCAAUCAAAGCCGUCAUCUUUUCCCAAAGAGAAGCCAGAGCUCUUGGCAGAAACAUGGUGUUUACCCAGCACCUGCUUCUGGGUCUGAUCGCCGAGGAGGAGCAGCACCGCCAUCUUCAUCCGAAUUCCCACGGCUUUCUCGGCUCGGGCAUCUCUAUAGACCAGGCCCGGGAAGCUGUUGGCGCCAUUUGGCACCACCAUAAUCAAAGUCAGACUUCUGCUUCUGCAGAAGUUGAUCCUUCCAGCCGAGCUGCUUCUGCUUCCGCCACCGAUGUCCCCUUCUCAAUUAGCACAAAGCGGGUGCUUGAGGCGGCGUUGGAGUAUUCGAGGGCUAGAGCUCACAAUUUCAUUGCGCCGGAGCACAUUGCCAUUGGUUUGUUCACCGCUGAUGAUGGAAGUGCUGGUCAGGUCCUCAAAAGACUGGGGGUAGAUGUAAACCAGUUGUUAGCCGAGGCAGCCUCGAGGCUUCAAGUAGAGCUUGUCAAAGAUGGUAGAGAACCAUCUGGGGGAUUUCAAAAAUCCCCUUCCAAAAAAUCAACUGCUUCUGGGAAAAAGAAAGACAAAAGUGCUUUGGACCAAUUCUGCGUGGAUCUUACUGCCCGUGCUAGUGAGGGACUCGUUGAUCCUGUUAUUGGCCGAGACACUGAAGUUCAGAGAAUUAUUCAGAUACUUUGUCGCAGAAGUAAAAAUAACCCCAUUCUUCUCGGUGAAAGUGGGGUUGGAAAGACAGCCAUUGUUGAAGGACUGGCGAUUAGUAUUGCACAGGCGGAUGUCCCUGCUUUUCUCCUGGAAAAACGUGUAAUGUCCUUGGAUAUAGCACUAUUAAUGGCUGGUUCAAAGGAGAGGGGAGAAUUGGAGGCGCGUAUUACCACAUUGUUAAGUGACAUACAAAAAGCAGGAAACAUUAUUCUUUUUAUUGAUGAAGUACAUACCCUUAUUGAGUCUGGAACAGUUGGACAAAGAAAUAAGGGGUCUAGUCUUGACAUUGCCAAUCUAAUAAAACCUCCCCUUGGGAGGGGUCAAUUACAGUGUAUUGCAGCCACAACUGCAGAUGAAUACAGGUUGCACCUUGAAAAGGAUAAAGCAUUUGCACGAAGAUUACAACCUGUUUGGAUUAAUGAACCAAGCCAGGAUGAUGCAGUUAGGAUACUACUAGGUCUACGUGAGAAAUAUGAGGCCCAUCACAACUGCAGAUAUGAACCAGAAGCCAUUAUUGCAGCUGUGUAUCUAUCAGCAAGAUAUAUAUCUGAUAGAUAUCUACCUGAUAAAGCUAUUGAUCUCAUUGAUGAAGCGGGAAGUAGAGCUCGUAUGGAUGCCUUUAAGAGGAAAAGAGAACAGCAAAUUUGUAUACUUUCAAAGUCACCUGAUGACUAUUGGCAAGAAAUUCGGACAGUUCAGGCGAUGCAUGAAGUGCAGGUCCUAGCGACUGAACUGAAAAACGGCGACGCUUCUAGUGUGAAUGAUAUCAGAGAACCCUCCUCUUCAUCUUCCACAUCUGAUCAUGAACCUACAGUGGUGGGACCAGAGGAUAUAGCAGUAGUUGCCUCACUAUGGUCAGGAGUCCCUCUUCAGCAGCUCACUGCUGAUGACAGAAUGCUUCUGGUCGGUCUUGAUGAGAAGCUUAGGAAACGGGUUGUUGGUCAAGAAGAGGCUGUUGCUGCCAUUUCUCGAGCUGUUAAGAGAUCCCGGGUUGGACUGAAGGAUCCUGACAGACCCAUGGCAACGCUGCUCUUUUGUGGUCCGACCGGGGUUGGAAAAACUGAAUUAACAAAAGCUUUGGCUGCAUCUUAUUUUGGAUCGGAGGAAGCCAUGCUACGGUUUGACAUGAGUGAAUAUAUGGAGCGCCAUUCUGUUAGCAAAUUAAUAGGGUCACCCCCAGGUUAUGUUGGCUAUGGAGCUGGGGGCACUCUAACCGAAGCUAUUAGAAGACGACCUUUUACAGUGGUUGUGUUUGAUGAAAUAGAGAAAGCCCAUCCAGAUAUCUUCAACAUCCUUCUCCAAAUUUUUGAAGAUGGCCACCUGACUGAUGCUCAGGGACGGAGAGUGUCAUUUAAGAAUGCGUUGGUAGUGAUGACGUCUAAUGUUGGGUCCACUAUCAUUGCUAAGGGCAGAGGAAGCUCCAUUGGUUUCUUGCUUGCAGAUGAUGAGGUAACUUCAUAUGCCGGACUAAAAGCAACUGUAAUGGAAGAACUCAAGACAUAUUUUCGUCCAGAGUUGCUGAAUCGGAUAGACGAAGUAGUUGUAUUCCAUCCCCUUCAAAGGGCUCAGAUGCUCGAGAUUGUAAACUUAAUGCUACAAGAGCUGAAGAAGAGGCUAAUGUCUCUGGGAAUGGGACUGGAGGUGUCUGAAUCAGUCAAGGGCCUCGUAUGUGAGCAAGGCUACGACCGGUUUUAUGGCGCCCGCCCGCUUAGGAGGGCGAUUACGUCAAUCAUUGAAGAUCCGUUGAGCGAAGCGCUUCUCGCCGGAGGUUACAAGCCCGGUGACACUGUCGUUAUCGACGUGGAUGCUACCGGAAACCCGUUCAUAAGAAAUGGAUCAGAUCAGAGUGUCCGGUUGUCUAAUAGCAGUGUACAACAUCCAUCUUGUAGUUAAUCAAAGUUUUGUUUAAGUUCUCAGGUGAUUAAUUAAUUGUAUAUUGUAAAUCAUUAAUUCUUGAAGCAUUGGACUCAGAUUAAUUAUUUUUAAAUACAAAUUGGCACGCUGCCGCCUUUAACUUU